AUAUAUUACAAUAUUAAAAGAAAUUGAUGUGUUAAUCCAAAUGGGGAUUUAACAUUAUCUAUCUCUCACAAUUGGACACCAAGCGGCCACGUCUGCAUGAACUGCUGACAAACAUUCUCCACAUGAUCAGUUUGAGGCUGCGAAAAGGCAACACCGCUCUCUAUUCUACCGCUGCUACCCCCUGCUACUCCCCAAUCGGAUUCCACCACCAUGGCCGCCGCCGCCGCCACCGUCGGCUCGUCCUUCACCGCUUCCACGCACUCCUUUAAGGGUUUACGGUCCAAGCACUGGCUCUCCGAUUCUCUCCUCGCAAUGCCAUCAACCCAAAUGUUGCCUGUCUUGUCACGCUAUCUGGCCCUUGAAUCGGCUUCGCUCCGAGCUUUCUCCGAGAAGUGGCGGCCGGUUCUGGGCAUCUCCGCCGCCGUGGUUCAAGGAGAACCGGCGGUGACGGCUGAUGCUGAAGAAGGUGUGGCGGAGGAGAAGGGAGGAGGGGAAGCGGUGGGUGGUGGUUCUCCGGUGGAGGCCGGGAGUACUAAGCUCUACUUUGGGAACUUGCCUUACAGCGUUGAUAGUUCCCAGCUCGCCGGCAUCGUUCAGGAACAUGGGGUCCCUGAGCUUAUUGAGGUUCUUUAUGACAGGAAUACUGGAAAGAGCAGAGGAUUUGCAUUUGUAACCAUGAGCAGUAUUGAAGAUUGUAAUAGAGUCAUCGAAAAUCUGGAUGGAAGUGCUUACAUGGGCAGAGUUUUGAGGGUUAAUUUCUCAGACAAGCCUAAGCCUAAGGAACCUUUAUAUCCAGAAACAGAGUAUAAGCUUUUCGUCGGCAACUUAUCCUGGUCGGUAACAUCUGAAAGUUUGACACAAGCUUUUCAAGAAUAUGGAAAUGUGGUAGGAGCAAGGGUCAUCUAUAAUGGGGAGACUGGAAGGUCACGUGGUUAUGGCUUUGUAUCUUAUUCAACAAAACCAGAGAUGGAAAAAGCACUUGAAGCUCUUAAUGAAGUGGAACUUGAAGGCAGGGUAAUACGUGUGAGCUUGGCUGAAGGAAAGCAGGCACAGGGGUAAAUGUAAAACUGAUUUACAAUGAGCAAACAAGAAACGGGAAGGAGUUUCUACCUAGGUAGCUGUAAACAAACAGACCGUAAGUGAUUGAAUCUUCUUUCUUCUUUCUUCUUUCUUGUUGUAUAUACCCCAUUUUCCACUUUUGUACCUCACGAGCGAAACUCAAUGGGAAAGUAUUUUUGGUCUGCGGCAAUUGUGGUAUUAUCAUAUCAACCCUGAUUCAAACUGAUGAUCCGAACACUAAAUUUUAAAAAUGAUUGUACAAUGACUAAGAAAGAAAUAAGGAAGAAUACUUACUGAGCUGUUGCUGCACGAACGCCGCAAA